CAGAUAAAAAAAACAACCAAUCAUUUAAUUUUUUUUAGUCUUUGUUUCUAGUUGAAAAUGUAAAGGGGAAUGUUUUUUUCUACAGGGUCAAGUCAUGAACAUUGAGGCAGGGUGAGGGAGACGUGGCCCUUUUCAAUCCAAACUGUUCUGUACAGGUUGUUUCUCUUGAGUUCAGAGGCACUCAUCAACAAGAAGUCAUGGUGGGGGAUGGGUGGCAUUAAACAGUGGACUGGCUAACUCAGGGUGGGGGAUGGGUGGCAUUAAACAGUGGACUGGCUAACUCUUAAACCUCUGCUGCAUUCAAGGAAAAUGUGUAACUACCAGUACACUAGUUACACUCAACAUCAAAUCUGAACCCUGUCUUUUUAAAUAUAAAUUUCACACUGUGUUAAAAAGUGCAUAACAAUUUCCUUAAAAGUCAUUACAUGAGCAAUUUUUCAAAAGAAAUAUUUUUAAUCUAUUAAAACGUGGAGAUCUGCACGCAGUUCUCAACUUUCCCAGUGCUCCUGAAAGCAACAUCAGUGAGGGGAUUCACGCAGCUGCAGAGCAUCGGAGAAGCAGAUGGAAACUGUUUCAGUGUUUGGAACCAGAAAAAAGUCUGCAACUAAACCAGAUAAUGAGCAGAAGGAAGAAGAACAGGAAGAGAUAAUGGAGCUUUCUGCUUCAGAGGACUUUUUCUCAGACUCCAGCCAUGAUUUGGACAGUGAUUAUAUCCCAUCAGCUCCUCCUUCCUCAGAGGAUGAACUAACCUUUUCACAGCCUAAGCUCAUGAAGACACAUGAUGCAUUAAAAAACCCUGGCAAAACCUCUCUCAGCCAAAGCUAUGUUCAUGAACAGAAGACACUGAUGGACAGUGGUAAAAGUAAUGAAGCUCUGGACAUGCAUUACAAUGCAGAUACUGAGGAAGAAAAUCCGGAGGAAUAUGAAGAUGAUGAGGAACCUGACAUUCUGACUCAGAGGCCCACAAGAGCAGAACCAUCAGAUGAUCACAGACAGACAGCAGGAAAAAGAGUGACGUACAGAGGAAAAGGGCCAAGGAAGAAGGUUGAACCAGCUGAAGAUUCAGAUGAUCAGGGAGAACCACUGAGCCAGUGCUCAAAAUAUGCAGAACCAUCAGAGGACAUCAAGAAGAAAUAUAAGAUAGGAACCUACAAAGUAAAAAGGUCAAGAAAGAUUGUUGAAUCACCUGAAGAUUCACAUGAUGAGACAGCACAAGAUCAGGCAAAACUGUUGAGCCAAAGCUCCAAAUCUGCAGAACCAACAGAGGGCUUCAAGAAGAAAAAGAAGACAGAACUGGAUCAGCUUCUUCUCACCAAACAAGGGGUGAAAAAAAGGCCUUGGAGUUCAGCUGAGAAAGCAGCAGUAUGGCGACAGCUUGGAAAGUACAUAACCUUAGAGACCAUUCCUGGUAAAGUACCUUAAGGCACUUAAGACAGAGCCAGUGCUCAAGAGUAGAACCUGGAAAGAUAUUAAAAACCAUGUCUACAACUCCAUCACAGCACAGAAGAGGAAACGGUUGUAAACUGUUUGCGUUCGCAUGAUUGUUCGUGGUUCACAUGUCUCAGUGUUGUGAGGUGGAGUUCUUUUGGUGUGACACAAUGAGGCCUAGGUGUGUUGAUGCUAGGCAUGUUUCUAAGCUUUUAUAUAUAUAUAUAUUUUUAAAUUUGGAACAGAUGUAUGUUCACACUGGCUACAAUCAUAAAAACUACAUUUUAAAAGGCACUUUUUCCCCCAGUUUAUUUUUCAAAAGCAAUUGAAGUUAAAAUAACGAAAGCUGUCAUUUAAAAUGUCCAGCUAUUUAUAGGAUUUAAAAAAAAAAUCCUUGUUUUUCUGUUUAAUUUAAUAAAAGGAUGCUUUGCAAAGAAAUUGUUUCUUUUUAAUGAAACUGCAUGAAUUAGUCUAAAGUUUAUAUAUAAUCUAAACGUAAAAAUCGGGAAGAAUGAUUUAAUUUUUGUACUUGACAAAUAAAAUGUAAUAGAUAAAUGUAAAAAUCCCAGCACUGUAGCUGCUAAACUUGCUAGAAUCUAUCUAUCUAUCUAUCUAUCUAUCUGUCUGUCUGUCUGUCUGUCUGUCUGUCUGUCUGUCUGUCUGUGUCUGUCUGUGUCUGUCUGUGUCUGUCUGUGUCUGUCUGUCUGUCUGUCUGUCUGUCUAAUAAAUUCAUUUUUAUCUGUGUCAAAUACAUUAUAUAUUUAUCUAUAUAUCCAUCUAAUAAAAAAUGCAUUUGUAUCUAUCAAACUGUCAAAAAAAUAAUAUAUAUAUAUAUGUGUGUAUGUAUUUGUGUGUAUGCAUAUGUAUCUAUGUGUAUUUAUAUAAAUUUUGCAUGAGAUAGUUUGGUUUGAAUAGAAAUUUUGAUGUGAGGAAAAGCGCAAAUCUGCCCGGCAACAGGAGUAUGUCCACACAAUGACUGUAAAUAAAUACAAGCUUUUAGUUUGAGUUUUCCCAUAUUUUGGGUGACAUUCUGAAUCUCUACUCCCACCUAGAGGCAAACAUAAUUUUUGCACCAUUCUAGCUAUAGUGGAAGUCAGGGUCCACACAAAAAACUCAGAAAACUUAGUCCACACAAACCCAUAAAAACAUGUAUGUGUGUGUGUGUGUGUGUGUGUGUGUGUGUGUGUGUGUGUGUGUGUGUGUGUGUGUGUGUGUGUGUGCGUACGUACGUGUACCGGUCUAUACAUCAAAGUGAGGACCAAAAGUUGUUUUUUUACCUGCAAACUGAGGACAUUCGUAGUAAAGUGAGGACAUUUUGCUAGUCCUCACAUGACAGAGCUCUACUGGUUAUUUUUAGAGGUAUGAUGUGAAAUAAAUUUUAGUUGAGGUUAGGGUUAGGAGUAGACUGGUUAUGGUUAGAGGUGGGGUUAUGGUUGGUCACAAUCCAGUCCCUAAAAAUGAAUGGAAGUCAAUGACGGUCCUCAACGAAUGCUAGCUAGACUAGAGUUUGUGUGUGUGUGUGUGCGCGCGCGUGCGUGCGUGUGUGUGUGCGCGUGCCUAAUAAGUGUCCUAAAAGAAUAACACAUGGGUUAGAGGUAUGCAUGAGCAUGACUCAUUCUCGGAGGGUCUCUUUACACAUUCUUCAAUUUUCUGUAAUUCUCUUUGAAGCCAGGUUUGGCUGGCGAGGGAGACAUCUCAGCAGGAUGAUGGUGAGAACACAUGCUUGUGUCUGCUGAGAAAAUGUAAACAGGAAGUAAACUUUGAAAGUAAAAAGUUUUUAAUCUACUGAGCAUGUCCAUUAACUGGGAUUCUGGGAUAGAUCUGUGUACUUUUUGACACAAAUGACACAAUUAUUUCUACAUCAAAGUUUGUUUCACUCUAGAUUUGAAUAUGUGACCAUUUUGAAUGUCAUCAUUUAAAUGAUCAGGAUAAAGUGUGGAUUCUUGGAGAUCAUGACAUUAUAACAGGGAUUACAUUCCUGAUUUUACAUAUCAAGAAUUUAGCAAUGCGUUUAUGUUCAUAUUCGGUUUUUUUUUUAUUUCUGCAAAAACUGAAAAACACAAAUGACCAAAAAGUGUAUUUUUAAAAAAUCGCUGGUGUCAGAUUGUCUCUACUCUCAACAAGCUUAGUGGAUGAUUUAUACGUUUUUAGUAUUUUAAUUGUGGCCAAUAAAUGCCUACAUGGAUGGGUGAAAACAAUAAUGUGACCCUUCUUUUCUGGAUCAUAUAUAGGCUACAGGAUCAGAUAAUCCGUGACGCAGCAGAUUAAGAAAACAGCUGCGCAAUCCUGAAGCAGUGAC